AUGGCGACGGCUAGUGAUGUCCUUUCCUCCUCUUCCGUUAAAAAUGCGAAAAAUCCAUCACCCCCCGAAGCCAUCCACGUAAGAUCAUCUAAUAAACACGGACCGGAUCGAUACGGCGGUAAUUACAAGAUCCGAAUCUUGUCGUUUCUGCCAGACUCGUGGAUUCCAUACAUCCAGCUUGCCCGCCUCUUUCCUCCAGCCGGUCUGUUCUUGAUCUAUUUCCCGCAUGCCUUUGGCGUACUGCACGCGGCUAUCCAGAUCCAAGCAUCCCCCGGUAUGGUCUUUCAGGCCAGCACGGUGACGCUCGGCGGCAGCUUCUUCUUCUCCAAUGCCGCACACGUUUGGAAUGAUCUGAUCGAUGCUGAGCUCGAUGCAAAGGUCGAGCGAACCUCGCAGCGACCUAUUCCUCGUGGAGCCGUCUCCCCCCGUGCAGCGUUCGUAUUUACUCUCACACAGGCGGUGGGGGCUGCUUACUUUCUUACUUGGCUACCUGGAGGCUUCCUACAUGGGUUUCUGUACGCAUUACCGAACAUCAUUGCCACUAUCUACUAUCCGUGGGCUAAGCGACACACUCAUUUCCCCCAACUUGUCUUGGGAGUCUGCCUAGCGUGGGGCACGAUCAUGGGCGAACUGGCGCUAGGAGUGCCUGCGUUCACUGUGUCAGUCGGGGAUACAUGGUGGCCAUCAAACUUUUUGUCCUGUGCCCGAGGAGACCUCGACUUCUCUCUGAUCUCCAUCAAGGUGAAAUCGAGUGUGAUAACGCUAUUCCUCGCCGGAGUGGUAUGGACGGUCAUCUACGACACAGUCUAUGCCCAUCUAGACCUCCAGGCGGAUCUUCAGGUGGGGAUCAAGAGUUUAGCGGUUCUCUUUCAGACCCGGACCAAGGCGGCGCUGUGGCCGCUUUUAGUGACCAUAGCCGGCCUGCUGGUGGACUGUGGUCGCCGCAGCCAGCUCGGGGCACCAUAUUACCUCAUUGGAGUGACUGGAGCUAUUGGAUCUUUAGGGACGAUGAUUGCCCUAGUCGAUUUAAGGAAUAGCCAAAGUUGUUGGUGGUGGUUCAGCAAGGGAUUCUGGUUGGCUGGGGGCGCAAUUGUUGCAGGGUUACUAGGAGAGUAUAUGUUGUCAGUCGUUCUGCAGUGCAAGACUGGUUUUCAAUUUACAUGA